CCCGUUGUCGAUACCCAGUCUGUGAUAUAUUUGGCCUGACAGCACUUGCGUCAUGAGUGAACAGAGCAUCUGCCAGGCGCGAGCCGCUGUCAUGGUGUACGACGAUGCCAACAAGAAGUGGGUCCCGGCCGGCGGAUCCACCGGCUUCAGCAGAGUCCACAUCUACCACCACACAGGCAACAACGCCUUCCGCGUGGUGGGACGCAAGAUCCAGGAUCAUCAGGUGGUGAUAAACUGUGCAAUUCCCAAGGGUCUGAAGUACAACCAGGCCACGCAGACCUUCCACCAGUGGCGUGACUCCAGACAAGUCUACGGCCUCAACUUUGGCAGCAAGGAGGAUGCCAACGUAUUCGCCAGUGCCAUGAUGCACGCCCUGGAGGUGCUCAACUCCCAGGACUCGGGCCCCACAUUGCCCAGACAGGGCCCCCAAGUUCAGAAUGGCCCCACACCAGAGGAGAUGGACCUGCAGAGAAGGCAGCUUCAGGAGCUGCAGAGGCAGAAGGAGAUGGAGCGAGAGCGCCAGGAAAGGGAGCGUCAGGAGCACGAGCGCCUGGAGCGAGAGAUGCUGGAGCGCGAGCAGGAGCGAGAGCGUCAGGAGAGGGAACGUCAGGAGCGGGAGCGCCAGGAGAGGGAGGCGCAGACGGAGAGGGAGCGGAUAGAGCGCGAGCGCCAGGAGCAGCAGGAGCGCGCCGAGCGCGAGCUGAUGGAGAGGGAGAAGGCGGAGAGAGAGCGGAUGGAGAGGGAGCAGCAGGAGCAGUUGGACAGAGAGCAGCAGGACUGGGAGAGAGGGAGACGCAUCUCUAAUGCCGGUGAACCCCGGGGUUGACCACCCCCACUCCUGCCCCCACCUCCACGCUCCUGCCGCCCCAGCUCCACUGUGGACCGUCCGCGACCGCCACCCCGUGCCGCCACCGCGCCCCCACCGCCCGGCCCACCCACCCCUCCUCCGCCCCCGCCUCCCUCCAACCUCCCUCCCUAAACGCUGACUCCUUGCGGGACGCCCCCACCUCCACCAGGUCCUCCUCCCCCACGGAGCCCUCCCUCCUCGCUGCGGCGGCGCCACCCUACAAUCCCCGCCGGACUGUUCUCUCCCGCAGAGGACCACCCCGUCUCGGGCCUGGCCGCCGCCCUCGCUGGAGCCAAGCUGCGCAAAGUGCCAAGGUGUGACGACGCAGGGGCAGCUCUGGCAGCAGCCAUGACGGGGGCUGGAGGAGCCGCAGGGGCCAAAUCUGAAGCCAGAGGCAAUGGCCCUCUGCCUGGAGGAGGGGGGCUCAUGGAGGAGAUGAGCGCCCUGUUGGCCAGGAGGAGAAGAAUUGCAGAGAAGGGCUCGUCACCUGAACCUGACCAGAGAUCAGAGGAGGGCGAAACAAACACAACCCCUAAAAUGUCAGCCUGUAGCACACCAGACAUGCCCAGGAAGCCAUGGGAAAGAACAAACACCAUGAAUGGUAGCAAAUCUCCAGUUAUUGGAAGACCUAAAUCCACUCCUACACCUACUGCAUCCCUAAGUGCCAACGGUGUGCCAACAGAAGCUGUUGACUAUGACAGAUUGAAACAGGACAUCCUGGAUGAGAUGAGGAAGGAGUUGUCGAAGCUAAAAGAAGAGCUCAUUGAUGCAAUCCGGGAGGAGCUGGGCAAGUCCAGCACGGCAUAGAGGAUCCGGACUUGCCGUUCAGAACACCUACAUCCACGUGACCCGACAGACGAACCCGACGGUCAAUUUAAGACAUGACAAAAACGACAGCAGCAACACGACGGUGGAGACGGUGAUGAUGAUGAUGAUGGUGGUGAUGAUGAUGAUGAUGAUGAUAAUGAUGAUGAUGAUGAUGACAAUAAUCACAUUAAUACUGA